CUGGCCUCCCAGGGCGGGCAAGGAGAACAGCCGCGGGGGAGGGCACACUCCAGGCCCGGACGCCCUACCCAGCAGCAUAGUGACACUCCACGGUGCAGACUCCUGCAGCGGGUGCGCGCAUUUGGCGCGUCCGGGCGCCCCUGCAGGUGAAGUUCUCCCCCGACUGGCCAUUCUUGGGGGCGCGGGGCCCCGCCCCCGUGACGUCAAUCCAGGGCCUGACAGUUGAAGCUGUUCUGAUCGGUUGCUCGGGAGACCAGGGUACACAGAGAGGACUGGCCUCCGUCCCCAGGCCGAAGAAGCGCUGUCCCAGUCCCCCGUCCGCUGUCCGCUCCUGGGACUCGCAGGCCCCGGGCAGAGGAGCCAGGUCGCCCCGCGCUGUGGCCAGCGGAGAGCUUCAGGCACCAUGAGUCAGAGGCAGGUGCUGCAAGUGUUCGAGCAGUACCAGAAAGCCCGGACCCAGUUCGUGCAGAUGGUGGCAGAGCUGGCGACCAGACCCCAGAACAUCGAGACCCUGCAGAACGCGGGUGUAAUGUCUUUGCUGAGGCCUCUUCUUCUGGACGUGGUCCCAACAAUUCAGCAGACUGCUGCUCUGGCUCUCGGGAGGCUGGCUAAUUAUAAUGACGACCUAGCGGAAGCAGUUGUCAAGGGCGACAUUCUCCCACAGCUUGUUUAUUCAUUGGCAGAACAGAAUCGUUUCUACAAGAAAGCGGCUGCCUUUGUGUUGCGAGCAGUUGCUAAGCACUCUCCUCAGCUAGCUCAGGCCAUCGUUGAUUGUGGAGCCCUGGAUACACUGGUGAUAUGCUUGGAAGAUUUUGACCCUGGAGUCAAAGAAUCUGCAGCCUGGGCUCUUGGAUAUAUUGCAAGACAUAAUGCAGAACUGUCACAAGCUGUGGUGGGUGGAGCAGUUCCUCUGUUAGUACUUUGUAUCCAGGAGCCAGAAAUUGCUUUGAAAAGGAUUGCUGCUUCAGACCUCAGUGAUAUUUCAAAGCAUUCGCCAGAGUUAGCACAGACAGUAGUGGAUGCAGGAGCUAUUGCUCACUUAGCUCAGAUGAUUCUGAACCCGGAUGCUAAAUUGAAGCGUCAGGUCCUUUCAGCUCUCAGUCAGAUUGCAAAACAUUCUGUGGAUCUGGCCGAAAUGGUGGUUGAAGCAGAGAUUUUUCCAGUUGUACUUACCUGCCUGAAGGACAAAGAUGAAUAUGUGAAGAAAAAUGCUUCUACUUUAAUUCGAGAGAUUGCAAAACAUACACCCGAGCUCUCGCAGCUGAUAGUGAACGCGGGAGGAGUCGCGGCCGUGAUUGACUGCAUCGGGUCUUGCAAAGGAAACAUACGGCUGCCUGGCAUCAUGAUGCUUGGUUACGUGGCGGCUCAUUCUGAGAACCUGGCGAUGGCGGUGAUCAUUAGCAAGGGUGUGCCCCAGUUGUCAGUCUGCUUGUCAGAAGAACCAGAGGAUCACAUUAAGGCUGCCACUGCCUGGGCCUUGGCACAGAUCGGGAGACACACUCCGGAGCAUGCACGGGCCGUCGCAGUCACAAACAUUCUGCCCGUGCUGCUUUCUUUGUACAUGUCGGCAGAAAGCUCUGAGGAUCUUCAAGUAAAAGUGCUGCCACAUGACAGCAAAGCUCGCCGACUGUUUGUAACAAGUGGUGGACUUAAAAAGGUUCAAGAGAUAAAAGCAGAACCUGGGUCUCUUCUACAAGAAUACAUCAAUAGCAUUAACAACUGCUACCCAGAGGAAAUAGUAAGGUAUUAUUCUCCUGGAUAUUCAGAUACACUUUUGCAAAGAGUGGACAGCUAUCAACCACUUAUUAACUAAGCAAAUUUACAUUUAUAUAUUCAAAUUCACAGCAGAGUAAUUAUGAGUAAUAGUUAAAUAAAGGUCUUUCUAAAUAUUUGAA